CAGAAUCUUGAUUAGAAAAUGGCAGAAGUAGCUCCAGCCGCCUCGCCGGCCAAAGCAGCCAAGAAGAAGGUUUCCAAGCCGAAGAAGGCCGGCCCCAGCGUCAGCGAGCUCAUCGUUCAGACUGUGGCCGCUUCCAAGGAGCGGAGCGGCGUGUCUGCGGCCGCCCUCAAGAAGGCUCUGGCUGCCGGAGGCUACGAUGUGGACAAGAACAAGGCCCGUGUUAAGACCGCAAUCAAGAGCCUGGUGGCGAAGGGGACUCUGGUCCAGACCAAAGGGGCCGGAGCCUCCGGAUCCUUCAAGAUGAACAAGAAGGCUGUUGACACCAAGGCUAAGAAGCCGGUCAAGAAAGUCGCUCCUAAAGCCAAGAAGCCCGCAGCGACAGCUAAGAAGCCAGCAGCCGCGAAGAAGUCCCUGAAGAAGGCCAAGAAAGCCGCUGCAGUCAAGAAAGCAGCCAAGAGCUCCAAUAAGGCCACAAAGAGCCCCAAGAAAGUGAUCAAAAAGGCCCCAGCAGCAAAGAAAGCCCCCGCUAAGAAGGUUGGCAAGCCCAAAGUGAAGAAGGCAGCACCCAAGAAGAAGUGA